AUGGCGAACCAUAUCCGUAUUCACAACCCGAAGGGUCUCUCUGAUCCGACACCUUUCAUUUAUUCGCACACGGCUUCGGUUGAGCCCGGCUCUCGAUACAUCCAUAUUGCAGGUCAGGUCGGCUUCAACAAAGAUGGCACGAUGCCCGCGGACUUUGCAGCACAGGCUCGUCUAGCCUUUGCAAACCUCAAAGUCUGCCUCGCAGAGUCCGGCGCUACCAUCCGGGACAUAGUCUCCCUGACCACGUAUAUUGUCGACGACGGCGCUGUGAGGCUGAUUUGGGACCUUUUCCAAGAGUUUCUCACCGAUGAAAAGGGCCUAUUCGCCCCUCCCGCUGCAGUGAUACCUGUACCGGCGCUCGCAGCCCCUGGGUUGAAGAUCGAGAUUCAAUGCGUGGCAGCGACGAGGCCCCGAUCUGCCCCGGUCGCCGAUGCUAUUGUUAGGCCUUUCCAAACCAUCACCGAGGUCGACGUUAUAGUGGUUGGCGCUGGUCUGAGUGGCAUGCAAGCUGCUACUGACGUGCAAAAUGCCGGACUGUCGUGCAUUGUUCUUGAAGCCAAAGAUAGAGUAGGAGGCAAAACAUUCACGACAAAGGUGCAGAGCGGCCCUGGUGUAUUGGAUCUGGGAGGUGCCUGGAUCAACGAUCAAACACAACCCAAAAUGUAUGCGCUGUUCAAGAAGUUUGGCUUCGAGCCGAUCGUUCAGCGGGUCAAGGGGGAUGAAGUGUUUAGAAGCAAUAAAUCGAGUCAGAUACACAGGACAGCAUGGCCGGGCCUGCCGCCUGUCGAAGCAAGACAACGUGAACUCUGGACGAAGAUUGCCAACGAGCUUGACGAAGAUUGUAAGUCGAUCGACCUGCAUGACUCCACGGUCAACACCCAUGUUGAGGAUAUAUCGCUGGGAGAGUAUUUCCGCAGCAAAGGUGCAGACGAGGGCGGAUAUGCUUUCAACUUCUGGAAAGCCUGGAUCAGAGCUCUGACUGGCACCGAACCUGACCAGAUCGGGUUGGUCUAUAUGCUCGACUAUAUCAAGAGUGCUGGUGGUGUCCAAAGCUUGCUGAGCGACGGACCUGACGGAGCCCAGUACAUGACCAAUCGACGAGGAAACCAGACCAUUUCAAAGCGGCUUGCGGCGGAUCUCAAGCCCAACAGUGUGCGACUGAGCACUCCUGUCAACCGAAUCACGCAGACAAGCGAUGGUGCAUUGGUCGAGACCAUGACGAGGGAGAUCUUCCGGUGCCGUAAAGUCCUGGUCGCCAUCCCGACGCCACUGUAUAGACACAUUAAGUUCUCUCCACAGCUGCCUGCGGACAAGCUGGAAUAUAUCAACUCGGUCCAUCUCGGUCCAUACUGUAAGUGCAUAUUGAUCUACGCAGCGCCGUGGUGGCGCGAGGCGGGCUUGAACGGCUCCUUCAUCGACCUGGACGGACCGGUAACAUUCUCCCGCGACGUCUCCUCGGAUCAAGACGGCAUGUAUGUGAUUUCCUGUCUCAUCUUCGGCGACUAUGCGCUGAAUUGGAUGCGACUGCCGAUAUCUCGACGGGUGCAGGCGGUGAAGGAUCAACUGGCCGAUAUGGUGGGAGAGGAAUAUCGUGGCAAGGUCUACAACACGAUAGAGACAAUCGAGAAGAACUGGUUCACCGAGCUUUGGAGCGAAGGCGUGCCCUGUCCAAUGCCCGCCCCAGGCGGUAUAUGGCCGCGAUUGGGGAACGCAUUGCGCAGGCCUUUUGGCAAUCUGCAUUUCAUAGGGACCGAGACUGCCAUUGAGUGGAAAGGGUAUAUGGAGGGAGCUGUGCGUGCUGGCGAGCGGGGUGCAGCCGAAGUCCUCGCUGCAAUAGGGAGCGAAGACAGUCCAAAGACCGGACCCAAGCUUUGA